CUGGCGAGUUAGGAGUGGCGAGGAUUCAGUCUUGUGCUGCAGUUGGCUGAGCAUUCAUCUCACAGAUAUCACGCUUGAAGGAAUUGAAGGAAUUGCAAUUGCAUUGCCACUUGCAAAGUUAAAAACGGUUCAUUUUUUAAGAAGCAAAACUCCCAGACGUACCAACGCGAAAUUGUCGUGCAGAAUAGAAAGUGAUAAAUGUAGACAUUUUUUAAACCAAUCGUAGUGAAAAGGAGCAUCCGGAACAUAUUCAAUGUAAAAACUACCCUCCUUUUCAGUGAUGCUACGAGAUACCAUUAUUACUGCUUAAAGUGAAUUAAAUUAAUAACAAUAAUGGGGGCUUAACAGCAAGAAUUGAUGUAUGACACAGUUAAAAGAAUCGAACAAGACAAAUAUCCGCCUUGUGGUUCACAUUUUUCGUGGUUACACAUAUCUCUUUCUUUCUACGGACAAAAAAUUUGACCACAUCAAAAUUCCACAUACCAUAAGUUUACGGUUUAAUGUUAUAACAAGCCUCAAUUAAAUUUAAAUUUGUUAUUACUGCGAUUAUUACAUGGGGCAUCCGAUGAAUGAGUUCAAUCAAGUAUUAGCAUUGUGUGCUGUUGGAUAAUCUAAUCGGCAUUUGUAUUAUUUGUUAUUGACUUUCGAUUGAGCUGGAUGAACAUUGUAAGAAGAGUGGUAAAUACAUGUUGUUCAUACGGCGGAAAAAUCUGGGACUGAAAAAUUGCUCACCACAAAAAUUAUUUAAUCAAUCUAAUUGAUCAGCUUGCAUAAAAGUUGCGAUAAGUUAUUGCAAUGAGGAUUGUGUCAAAUAUGUACUUUGUCAAAUCGUUCGCCCAAUAAAGUUUAUUUCGUGUUUUAAAGUGUAAUAAACAGAUCAAACAAAGAAGGUUAUCUAUACCUUUGGUCCAACUGCUACUACAUAUUUGUGAACGACGUGAGAGCAAAAGUGAAUGAAACGUGGAAGUUUGUGGCUACGAGUUUCAAUGUCACCGAGAAUUGUUUGAUUUACAAAGAACCCUUGGCAUAAGAAAACGUGACUAAAUUGGCAGUUUUGUCGUGAUGUGAAGAGCCAAGCGAGUCAUCUAAUAUAUUCAUCAAGGAAGGAGGUGAAAAGCUGUCUUGCUAAGUCAAUAGAACGACUGAACGUACAAGCAUUUAAGCUUGGAAUAAUUUUAAUCUUAACAAAAAGUGAUAAAAAAUAAAAAUGUCAUCGUCUGUGAUAUCGAAACCUGCUUCCAAGCCAAACCGGAACCCCGAUCCACCCAGAAUAAAUCGCCGACGCUACUUUUGGCUCUUUGUGGGCUACUACUUGGUGAGCAUAUACAUAAAAUCGACAACCGGAAAAGCAAGUGGGUUGUCCACCCCCGAUUUCUCAUCCGAUAUUCUCCGUUCACACCAUUUAAAUGCCAAACCUUUGGAGGACAUUCCGGGUCAUAGCACAAAUGCGGAAGGUUCUGAACACGCACAUGGAAUUCAAAUUGCCAAAGUUGAUUUCGAAGGAGUUGAAACACCAUUUAUCAUCGCACUAUGGAUAUUUUGUGCCAGUUUAGCCAAAAUUGGGUUUCAUAUGACGCCAAAAUUGAGUCAUAUCUUCCCAGAAUCCUGUUUACUAAUUGUGGUGGGAGUUGUUAUCGGGCUCCUCCUUUUUCACACGAACAGUGUCCAUGUUUCUCCCUUGACACCAAAAACCUUUUUUAACUACAUGCUUCCGCCAAUUAUUUUGGAUGCUGGAUAUUUCAUGCCCAACCGGCUGUUUUUCGAUAAUUUGGGAACCAUUUUAUUAAUGGCUGUAGUGGGUACAUUAUGGAAUACUUUCACCAUUGGACUUUCACUUUGGGGCGUUGGAUACUGGAUCGGAUUUGGAAUUGAACUUCCACUUCUUCAAACAUUGUUAUUUAGUGCCUUAAUCUCCGCUGUGGAUCCUGUCGCUGUUUUGGCUGUGUUUGAAGAAAUUCACGUGAAUGAAGUGCUGUACAUUGUUGUAUUCGGAGAAUCAUUGUUAAACGAUGCAGUCACUGUGGUCCUGUACCACAUGUUUGAAGAUUACGCGAAAAUGGGGGCGGACAAAGUUACCGUGGUGGAAGUGGUAAAAGGAUGCGCGUCAUUUCCAGUUGUAGCAUUUGGGGGAACAGCUAUUGGAAUAAUCUGGGGAUUUCUUACUGGAUUUGUGACCAGGUUUACCAACCAUGUCCGCGUGAUUGAGCCAAUUUUCAUUUUCGUCAUGGCCUACCUCGCUUAUUUGUGUGCAGAAACGUUCCACAUGUCUGGAAUUUUAGCUGUAACAUUUUGUGGAAUUACUAUGAAAAAUUACGUCGAGGCAAACAUCUCCCAAAAGUCUCACACAACUGUGAAAUAUGCGAUGAAAAUGCUUAGCAGUUCUUCGGAGACAAUUAUCUUUAUGUUCCUUGGAGUUUCCACAAUUCAUGAUGAGCAUGAGUGGAAUUCCUGGUUUAUUGCAGCAACCAUUAUAUUUUGCACAGUAUACAGAAUUAUAGGAACUCUAAGCUUGUCCGCACUUGCAAACAAAUUCCGAUUGCACAAACUAGGAAGAGUGGAUCAGUUUGUAAUAUCGUAUGGUGGGCUCCGAGGUGCAGUAGCGUUUGCUUUGGUUUUAUUGAUUGAAGAAGACGCCGUGAAUUGCGAUGACAGAUUGCGAAAAAUGUUCAUUACCACGACCAUCACUGUCAUCUACUUUACGGUUUUUGUCCAGGGCAUCACUAUUAAACCAUUGGUCCAAUGGCUAAAAGUACAACGUGCUACAAAAAGGGAACCAACUAUGAAUGAAAGGAUCCACGAACGGUUAAUGGAUCACACAAUGGCUGUGCUGGAAAGUCUGGUUGGCCAAGUUGGACAUUAUAAUUUGCGAAACAAAUUCAAACAGUUUGACAAUCAGUACAUUCGUCCUUGCCUUAUUCGAGAUUUGAAAGGAGCAGAGCCCAAAAUUCUGGAAACAUUUUCGAAACUUGCCAUGCGUGACGCGAUGGAUAUGAUGAACAGAAAUCCUCAGCAAAAUAAUGGCUUUAAUCCUAAUAAACUCAGCCCAGAGUCUAUUGCACAAUUGAUUCGAAUGCAAGGAAGUUCUGGAAACCUUCAAAACGACGCUAGUACAUGGAAUCUUGAUUUACAAGAGCUGGAGUACAAUUUAUCACGAAAGGACAUGUCUGAUGCUAAAAUUCAUCAUCUUUUAUCAGAAGAACUGUACAAACCUUAUCGUCGACAUCGUCGUCUCUCAUACAGCAGACAUGCUGUACAUGACCAGGAUCUAGCUACCGAAUUGCAUCAGCAAGUCAAUUAUCGUCAACCCAUGAACUUUAAAAGGAUGGUUAGUGAACGGCUUCAGAAGCAAAAUAAAGUUCGCCGGCCUGGAGUUGUGAACAAUGAUGGCAACAUUGUUAGUAAUGGACGAAUUACAUUUGGUGAAGAAUAUGAUAAUCCUGCAUUUUCUCUUGCCGACGAGCGAAUGCAAAGAUCCAAUGAUGACAAGGACGGGGAUGUGGGGAUUUAUUUUAUUGCUGGAGGAGGCUCUACCGGCGACUCUCGGCGUGAUUGGAGUGAGCGUCGUUGGUCGCAAACGAGUGGGGCGAGCGUGAAAUCGUACCUGGAGCGUGAGUACCCCCACAUGGCGCAGCCCAUCCACCGCCACACUGCCAGACGCCAUUCACGUCUCUCGGACUAUGACGACAGCCCGACCGUGGCUGAAAUCACCUUACCCUGGCGAAGAGACGCUGCUCAAAACCUUGCCAAUAAUAGAUUCAGGGUGUCUCCAGCAAGAAGAAUGACUCGCGAGGAAGAUGGGUCAUCUCCCACGCACAUGGAGCUGCCCUGGAAGCGAGAUGAUGAGCAUGACACGGAAGUUUUUCCAAUGAAACAAAGCGAGUUUCCAGCGUGGUCAUCAAACAAGGAGUAUUUGGCUUAUAAUUCGCCAACAAAUACAUUUUUGGGUGGGAUUGGGGGUCAGCCAAAGAUGCCAAGCGUCAUGGGGAUUUUUAAACGUGAUAGUAUUAGUUCCACUGCAGGGUCCAGACGAGGCUCUCUUCAAAGUUUGCAGCAAAGUCGUUUGGACUCUCCGAGACAUUCGAUAGGGUCGGAUGGAAGUGGUGGGCCGAUGGGGCACGACAUGGCGUCGACUUCGGUGGAAAUGACGUCCCCCGUUCGAGAGGGGCCAACUCGUCGAAGAGAUUCUGCGUUUUUGCCCACACCCAUCCCAGAAGUCGCAGAAGAGACUGAGAAGGACUUUGCCGAGGGGGAGCAUAGCAGUGGGAGGGAAGGUAGGAAAAGAGACGGAGGGGGACCACCACCAACAUCGCCCUCUCAUUCCAUGAAAUCUCCAUCGUCACUAGAGAAAAUAGAAGAGGGAGACGUUUCAAGCUCUCAGACUAAACUUUAAAUUUUAUUCAUGUGAUAGGGUUCAUAUAAUAUUUUUUUGCAACAGGGGUACUUCAUAUAUAGUCUGCAUCCUUUCGUGUACUUCUAUUUUCAUAUCGGAUGAAGUGAUUGUACUUUUAAUGUUUUAGCUACUUCCAUAUCGAAGCCACUUCAUCAUAAGGUGUUUAGAGCAAAAUUUAAUAACCUGCAUAAAAUUAAAAUCUUCUUACAUAUUGACCAAAAUAUUUUAAUCGGCCGACCUUUACUUUUAAGUGAUUGACGAAGACCAACUGGUUUAAUUUAAUCAUAACUUAUGAUAACCCGUUCUAACAAAUGUAUAUAUGUUUUUGAAUUUGUAAAUUAACUGUGACCAAUAAGUGUGCCAUAUGUUUUUAAAGAGUUUAACAGACAAAAACUUGUAAAAAUCACAAUUAAAAAAUUAUCUAAUACUAAAACUUCGUAAAUUUCUCGUAGCCAAUCAAGUUUUUAACAGCGUUGUCUGUUGAAAAUUCGGAAUAUUAUUCGAAAUAAGUACGUGCAAUUUUUAAAAUAUUCUGGAAAAUCAUGAAAGUAAUAAAAUGACGAUGAUCAAUAAAAUAUGUAAUAAAACCGAA